UCUCUAUUCAUUUACGUACUUAUCCUCACUAGUGACCGAAGCAACCAAGCGAAGGUCACAAAACCUGACACUUUCUGUUGUACCAAAGUCUUCGCUGAUUUUGUGCAUCAACAGUAGUCAUUAUUGAACCUUCCAUACUUUUCAGAAUGCCGAGCUCGAAGAAGAGCAAAACGAUGAUCGUUCAGUUGAUGAACUCUUGUCAUUCAUUAAUGGAGAAAUUGGAGGCCUCAUUGGAGGUAAGGAAAUUAUGUGUCACAGAUUCCAAAGGGAUUAAAACUUCCAAGAACAAAAAGAAGAAUCGCAGGAGAAAAGAUCAGCAGAAAAGCACGUGUCUAUAUGAGGCCAAUGAGCUCCAUGAGGUGUCAAGCAAUCUUAACUUUGCUUGCCCCAGUGAUCAACUCAACAAAUUUACGCCUAGUUCUAGUUUGACAUUAAAGCUACAAGAUCUAAAGGAUGAUAGGGUGGAUGAUAUGAUUGGGUUUGAUGAUGGUGAUAUUGACGAUGAGAUUGAUCCGGCAUUGAAGGAAAAAAUUGAUAGGGAGGUUGAAGAUUUUGCUCGGAGGUUAAAUUCAGACUGGCCUGAAAGGAUGCAAGAGAUCCUAUCUUUGGGUCAGGAAAGGAGGCCUGUACCAUUUUCCAUUAAUGGAAACAGUUCUUUCAGAAGAUAUGCUUGAGUACAUCCAGAGUGGAAACGGCUCGAACAAAACUCUUAUCAGCCAUAGGCUGGAACAAUUUUGACCAGAUGCUAACAGGCUACCAAGAGUUCCAAUUCUCAUUUAUUUGGACCCAAGCAUAAUUAUUUUUUCCUUUCUUCAUAAUUUAAUCUUCUUAUUUUGUUGGGGUAAUUAGCUGGAGUCGGAUUUUGGGGGCUACUGUUUGGUAUGUUAGGGCAACAAAUAAAUAAAAAAAAAAAUAAUUUUGCCUUUGUUUUCAUGAGCCAAACUUGUUCGUUUAUCACAAGCUUGUAUGAGAUUACACAAACUGGUCGUCUCACUUAUUUUUGAAUUUGUUUAACAAGUUCAAUGUAGUUUUGAAAUUUUAAUU